AUGCCUGCACUUCAAGAUGCCGCCACAAACUCGGUCCUCGCAGUUGAAAACUCGAGAAUGUUGAAGCUCUCUUACCUGGGAGUUAUUUUGGCUGUCGCUUUCCCGGGCCCGGCCUGGCUCGCCGUCUCGGAGUUUCCUUAUCUCUUCAUGGGAAGCUACCGCGGCACCUUUGCCGCCCGCACACUGGAUCUGCAUCGGCGGUACGGCAAAAUAGUCCGAAUUGCGCCCGACCGCUUGAUCGUUGACGGCUCCGUGGGGUGGAACGAUGUUUUCGCCCACCGGCCCGGCGGAGACGCUACCGAAUUCCACAAAGCCAAGGGGACUUACGCCUCACCGGACGGAACGGCUUUGAUCAACGCCACGAGCCGGGAAAGUCACCGCCGCCAGCGACGCGCCUUGGCCCACGCCUUUAGCGAAGCCGCCCUGGCCGAGCAAGAGCAGCUCAUCAUACGCUACGUCGACCUCUGCAUGCGUCGAUUGUCCGAGGCUUCGCGUGGAGGCAGCCAGCCGGUCGACAUGAUGAGCUGGCUCAACUUCCUGACCUUUGACAUCAUUGGCGACCUGGCCUUUGGCGAAUCCUUUGGCAGCCUCGAGAAGGGCGGAUACCACUUUUGGGUCAAGAACAUCUUUGCUGCGUUCAAGGGCACAAGCAGAAGACGCUUUUUCCGGCGCACCGGUCUGAGCCUGCUGGCCAGGCUCGACCCCGAGAAAACGGUCGAGAAGCUGACCGCGAACAACAGGUACUCGCACGAAAAGGCCGCGGCCCGCAUAGCGCUCGGCGAGGAGCCGCUCGCCCCGGCAUGGAACGGCGAGCUGGACGCGCAGGGGCGGCCGGUGAUGAAGUCGCGCCGCGACUUCAUGAGCUACAUGAUGCGCAAGAGCGGCACCGACCAAGGCAUGACGCGCGAGGAGAUCCUCAACAACACCGUCACCCUGAUCCUGGCCGGCAGCGAAACCACCGGCACCAACCUGUCCACCUUUUUCUUCCAGCUCUGCCUGCCGCAGAACCGCGCCAUAAAGGAUGCCGUCGUGGCCGAGGUCCGCUCCAAGUUUACGGGAGAGGCCGACGUGAACUUCAGGUCCGUGCAGGGCAACGCGCUCCCUCUCCUGCACGCCUGCCUCGAGGAGUCGCUCCGUAUCCACCCGCCCGUCGCCGAGACCCCUCCGCGCGUGUCGCCCGGAGCCGUGGUCGAUGGCCGCUUCGUUCCCCGGGGCACCAUCGUCAUGGUCUACCAGAACGCUACGUAUAGAAACCCCGAUAAUUUCGUCGAGCCCGACGCGUUCCGGCCGCAGAGGUUCCUGCCCCCGUCCCAUCCCAUGUACGACGCCAGGCUCGCGGCCGGCAGCAACACGGCGGCCUUUAAACCUUUUAGCUACGGGCCCCGCGACUGCCUCGGGAAGAACCUCGCCUAUGCCGAGAUGAACCUGGUGGCCUCCCGCGUCCUCCUGCGGUUCGACGUGGAGCUGGCGGAGAACACGCCCAAGGACUGGCUGGACUCGCAGCUCAGCUUUGGGGUGUGGCAAAAGGACGACUUGAUGAUCAAACUUGGCGAGCGGAGAGACGUCGAGCUCAAGCCCUGA